AAUGAGCUUACCUUCUAAUGGUAACACAUGAUCGAAUAAUGGCAAUGCCAGAGUUCAGAUAAACAGAAAAGAAGAAGCUAUCUCAAUACCCGUAGCUACAUUUUCAGCAAUAAGCGUUUCAAUUGGAGCAGGUAUGGUAGCUAUCCCAAAGGCCUCCUUUGAAUCAGGAAUACCUUUUGGGGUGUUCUACAAUAUGCUUAACCUGAUAUUAACUAUUUACUCUAUUCACUUACUCCUCGAAAGCGCAAGAGUGACCGGCCUUUACUCAAUGCCCAGACUAGCAUAUGAGUGAUUUGGUCAUUGCUCAUUAUACUUUGUCAACUUUGCGCAAUUUAUCGGUAAGCUUCCUUUUUCUCAAGAAUAUAGCUUUCGGAAUCCUCCCUAUUGCGUAUUUUAUCAUUUUUGCGGGAAUACUCAGCUCUUUCUUCAACGAAAUACCUGGGUUAUCAAAUAGCAAAUGGAGAUUUAUAGGCUCACAAUGGUUUAGUGUCCUCAUACUUGGUGUCAUCUUGUUCCCUCUGAUAAUCAAGAAAAGAAUUGGAGAAUUAAGUAUCGCUGCAGCACUCCUUUUUGGAGGUGUGAUCAUCUUUAAUAUCUUACUUGUCGUAAUAAUGAUUGAUCCAAAUGUUAAUACAGACUACAAGAGUGAAGACCAAUCCCGUUUGUACAGAUUUGAGUUCAAUCAGACCUUUCUAUCCUCCCUUUCUACUGCUUUUGUUGCUUAUGGCUUUCAGGCAGGAUUUUUCCCGAUCUAUAAUGCUUUGGAACAAAAAGGUUAUCGAAAUGGGAUGCGAUUCAGCAUGUACGCCAUGAUAUUUUGAUUUCUAAUCUAUGUGUUAAUAAUGUUCACUGGUCUUUACAAUUUUGGAGUGAAUAUUCGAGGUGAUGUCCUUGUAAAUGUGUCAAUGCUACGUUCGUGGGAAUCCUAUGUAAUCAGAGUAAUCUUCCUCCUUAUCAUGAUCACUCAUACUCCAUUCGUAUUUUUCGUUGGAAAAGAAUCAGUCCUAUGUUUUGCAGUUCUAAUUAAUACAGCUAUUAAGAACGAAGAAAAAGAAGAUAAGUAUGCAAUAAUGAUCGAUGAAAAUGAAGAAGAUCUUUCUCAAGAGAAGCCACACAAGAAUGGCAUAAAUGGGCCAAAAUUAGAUAUAAAUGAGGAAUCAAGAAGCCAGAGUAGAAGUAAAGCUGAUAAUAUGCUUGAUAAAAAGUUUCCACAAGAAACAACAGAAGAUGUACUGAAAUCUCUCGCGAUGUCCUCUGCAAGAAAAUCUCACGGAGAUUUACCUAGAAAUGGGAAUGAGGAUGAGCUUGAUUUUGAAAAUGCAGCAGCUCAUGAACUUCUUCCUGACUCUAUUUAUUACCCAACAACAAUUAUUUUCUUUGUAAUUUUGGUUGGUAGCUCAUGUGUUAUUGAAGAUAUUGAGAUUGUGGUCAAGUUUGUAGGAUCUUUAGGAUAUGCCAUUCUAAAUUUCUUGAUACCCAGCAUCACAUACUUUCUUAUUAUGAAGAAGUAUGAACCAGAAAAGACUUCUAACCUAAAGCUGUACUCUGCACUAUUCCUAGCAAUCUACUCUGGAGUCCUAGUUCUAAUAUGAACAGGAGUAAAUGUCUGGACAGCUAUUGUACCUCUUGAAGAUUAAGCCACAAAAUUCAGGAGCAAAUAUUUG